GCGGCCAAUCACACCAUUGUGUUCGCGCUCCUCACAGACACUUCAGGACUUCGGUUCAGCAGGAAGUUGGCGGUGUAUUUGUUUUGCACACCGCUGAAUCCCGUCGUAGCCGCUCUGAUUUGUAGACUUUCCAAUAUUUUCGGAAGGUACACCUGAAAAGGAGACAAACAAGGUCUAAAAAAACCCACCUGUGCGCGCUCACCUUUUGGAAUUGCACAAUGCAGAGACUGCAUCUUUUGAAGGGAGCUUUCUGUGGCUUGAAUGCCUUCCAACAGCAGCUCCUGAUUGGCUCAGCUGUGGCAGCAGGGGGUAUACUUUUGCACAUGGUGCUAAAGAGAAGACAAGUCAAAAGUAUUCCUCUUGGUGAAGGCUGGUGGGGAGCAGGAAACAAGCCACUGUCAGAGGAUGAUAAAAUCUAUCCCUUCAAAGUGCAAACCUCAGAUGAAGAGAUUGCGGACCUUCAUGAGCGCAUUGACAGAACCCGCUACACCGAUCCUUUAGAAGACAGCUGCUUCCAGUAUGGCUUCAAUUCCACGUAUCUCAAGACAGUGGUUUCCUAUUGGAGACACACGUUUGACUGGAAAAAGCAGGUGGAAGUACUUAACCAGUAUCCACACUUCAAAACUAAAAUAGAAGGAUUGGAUGUGCACUAUGUCCACGUGCGACCACCACACCGUGAGAAUCAGAAGGUUGUGCCUCUGAUGCUGGUUCACGGCUGGCCUG